UUACGUUCGGUGUGCGAGAAGAGGACUGUUUUGGCAUGCUUGGAGCAAAUGGAGCUGGUAAAACUUCUGCGUUUGAGAUUAUUACUGGAUCGCGGUUUGCUAACUACGGAAGCUUUAGCAUCGCAGAUCAGUCCAUAAAUCAGACCCAGGGUAUUGCUUAUUGCCCUCAGUUUGACGCUAUGCUGCCUCGUCUGUCGUGUAAGCAAAAUAUGUUGCUUAUCGCAGGAAUGAUAGGUUACAAAGAACCAGCACAGGUUACGGAACGAAUGUUUCGUUUGCUUGACCUAGAAAAGCAUGCCACGAAAAAAUUUUCUAGCUGCAGCGGUGGGCAAAAAAGAAGAGUUAGCAUAGGAGUAGCCCUAAUAAACCCAUCAAAACUCAUUAUUCUGGACGAACCGACAGCAGGAAUAGAUCCAAAGACACGGCAUCUAAUUUGGGAGCUCUUGAAACAGAUGCAAUCCGAUGGGAGAGCCAUACUGAUUUCGUCUCACUCAAUGGGAGAAUGCGAAGCACUUUGUUCCCGUAUAGGCGUCCUCGUUAAGGGAAGAUUUGUAGCGAUAGGAUCGAGUCAGAAACUGAAGUCAAGAUACGCUAACAUCUACUAUCUUCACACUAUCAUGAAAGCACUUGACGACAAAGACAAGGUGACAAAUGAAGUUCUAUCUAAGUUUCCAUCAAGCGAAUUAGUCACAAAAACGGAGGAGACGUUGAAUCUUAAAUUCAAGAUUCCGCGAAAAGAAGGAGACAAGCUGUCAGAGCUCUACAUGAAAGCACAACAGAUAGCAUUAUCGAUACCACUCAGCGACUUUCUUCUAACACAAGCCUCACUGGAGGACGUUCUCGAGUUUUUAAACAAAAAGUACAGUGGCGAAGAUUAAUCUUUGAAACAACGUUCAUCAAAAUUAUCCAAAACGAGUUUUCAUUCUAUAAAAUUUUUUAAAAAUAUGCAGUGGCAUAGUGUUGGUUUAAGUUCUUUCAAUAAAAAUUAU